UACCCCCACCAAGGCGUCUGGGAAGUGUCAGGGAGGUGUCAGGCUGACGGGCUCUGGCUGCCUUGCAUUGUGGGAGGUGUAGUCCCUCCUUCCUUAGGCUCUGCGCCCACUUGGUUAAGUGUAAAGUCCUUAAACUCUGCUUCCCAGAAUGCCUGGAAGAUUCCCAGGCUGCUUUGCGAAGGUAUGGCGGGGAAACUGCGAAUGUCAGCGUGGGAGGUAAUUCGGACAUUUUAAUUCAUAUAACAAGAGGACAAAAGGAAGAUGAACAUUCUCUCAGGAGACUUUUUGUCACUAUAAACCUAAAGCUCCUGUAAUGCAAAUGUGUGAAUUUCAGUACGUAUCUGGCUGGGUGGUAAAUCUUUGCUGACUCUAGUUAGCAUCGUCACUACGCUGAAGUUUUCUUUAAACAUGAUUGGUACUUUUUUACGAGCUAUACAGUAUGCAGAAAAGCUGCACAGAUCCUCUGGGAGACGAUUGUUGUUGCCGCACUUUGCGCUUAACAAAGCUUGCUUUACGACUGAGCCCAGUUUGAGAUGGGGGCUUCGAGGCCAGAAGAAAAUGGUGCUAUCUGGAUCUAUCUUUGGAGUGCCCCAGAAAACUAUCUGGACGCAGGGACCGCGACCCCAGAAAGCAGAGGACAGCCGCAAGCAAGUAUCUGUACACAGAGGUCAGAGAGGGGAAACCGCUAUGCCAACGACUCAGAAAGUGAAAGAAGCUGGAAAAGAUUUCACCUACUUAAUAGUGGUACUCAUUGGAAUCAGCAUUACAGGUGGCUUGUUUUACGUGAUUUUCAAAGAACUUUUUUCUUCAUCCAGUCCUAGUAAGAUAUAUGGGAAAGCCUUAGAAAAAUGCAGAACACAUCCCGAGGUGAUCAGUUUCUUUGGUGAGCCUGUUAAAGGCUACGGGGAGAUGACAAGACGUGGUCGAAGGCAUCAUGUCAGUUUUAUCGAAUAUGUAAAAGAUGGGCUGAAACACACACGUGUGAAAUUCUACAUUGAAGGGUCCGAGCCAGGGAAGCAAGGAACAGUGCAUGUGGAAGUUAAAGAGAAUCCAAAGAACGGUGAAUAUGAAUUUCGGUACAUAUUUGUGGAAGUGGAAUCCUAUCCUAGAAGAACCAUUAUCAUUGAAGAUAAUCGAUUCCAAGAUAAUUAGAAGAAUCAAGCAAGCAUACUGUUCCCUGGUGGGUGUGAAAUGGUACAGAUUCAUUAUGAUCUUCACAACUCUCUUCCAGAAUCUGUUCAGAAGAGUAAGACAGUAUAGCGCUCAUAAAGGUGAAUGUAAUAGGAUAUUUGAUACAUUUAGACAAGCCUUUCUUGUGAAAAAUCAUGAAAUAGAUCAUAAAGCAUAUUUUAUUAGUGAAUUUUCAAUUAUGGCAGCAUUUCUGCUCUAAUAUCAUUCAUGAUGAGAAUUUUUUGUUACUGAAUGUUUUGCAACAUGUAAAUAAAUUUUGAUAUUUUGGGAUUUUUUUCAUAUUACAUAAUUAUAUAAAGCCAGCAGAAAAAAUUAGAACUAAGAAAAAUCUCAAGGGCCAGGGAUUUAGCUCAGUGGCACCAUACCUGUCUCACAAGCACAAGGUCUUGAGUUCAAUCCCCAGUACCGGGAAAAAAAAAAAAUGUCAGAAACAUCUUCCAUAUAAUUUGGAAUCUCUUAAGAUAACAUAUGAAAGUAUUUGAGGACUAUAAUCAGAUGGUAAAUACAUCAUAGAAAGGUUGUGGAAAUUGUAUGAUUUAGGAAUCUAUUUCCUGUUUCCCAAUCCGUGAUUUGGAGGCACUGUCUGCUGUGGGAGGAGAACACACUCUGCCAUCUGGUGAACUGGCUCUAUCUGUUCUAGCAGGUAUAUGGGCUGUGCAGGUCCUUCAGGCACAUUAGACCUCACUGUUCCCCGGUUGGCUGGUGACAGAUGAUGGGUACAAGUGCCUCGACCGUAGAGCCGCCAGGAGGUGUCCCCAGCCCCUUCAGAACUUAUGCUGAUACUUGACACUGCCAAGAGAAUGCCAAAAAUAAGUGGGAGUUGUUCAAAUGUGUGUGAGGCCCUUUUAAAAAAAUAUUUUUAAAAUAUGAACACUUUAUUUUAUUUGUGGUAUUUGCUGGAGAUAAAAAGUGACUUUCACUUAUAAGCCCUUAUCACAUAACUAAAGUGCUCUGUGGCCCCUUAUCUGUGAAGGCUUUAGAAUGGGGAUUCCCCAGCACUAUUCUUUGUUCUUUAGAACUGACAGUGGAGGGGUUUCUGAUGGGCUUUUGAGAUCCUAUCAUAUUCAGGAUAGAAAGAUCUUCAGGAAGUUUAUUUCCUUGCUUAGUGUAUCUCCUUAAGUGAGUUAAAGUUUUGGUUUAACUGCUGUCUUAAGUGUUUUAUUACUUUAAUUCUAAAAAUUACACACGUUUAGGAAGUAUCGAAGUGUCACAGCAGAACUGUUCUCUCCCUGAGGGAACAUGCUUUCACUGAUAGGGUGAACUCUUAAUUUGGGUUAGGUCUCUCAGCCAGUUUUUCAGCCUUUCCAGUAGAUUGUUUCUUAUCAAUUAUACAAAACUGUUAUUUUGUAUGCGUAAUAAACUUUUAAAGUUUUUAAAUGUGA